UUAAAAUACAGAAAAAAAAUUGCUCUAUUAUUGUCUUGCAGUAAUGAAAUGAAAAAGAAAUAUAGGGUAGUUAAUCGGAAGUGUGGAAAUAGCAAUGCCUUGGACUGCUUGCCUGCCAAAGGAAAAACAAGUUAGCUACUGCAAGCUCUUCCAUGGAGUUUAAUAUUUAAAGCUCUUCCAAUUUGGGUGUAUCUGCCUCAACCCCGUACUACCACACUAUACCAACUCUCCACCUUUACACUGAAAAUGAUAUUCCCAUGAAUUUGAACUCCAAGGAGAAAACUUGGUGCGGUCCCUCGUUUUUUUUGGUCAAGUUAGAAUUUUUUUGGGUUUUGUAAAGUGGCAGUGAUGAUUCUCCAAUGGGAACCUAUAGAUAAAUAAUCAGUUGAUCCUUGGGUAAAAAGUGUGAUAAUUUUAUGGCAUAAUUUGAAGUGGGAUUUAGGUAGAAUCUGGUCAUUUCUAUUUAUUUUUACAUGCAAUGGAAUCUUGGAGCUGUAUUUCUGAAGGGAAAGGGUUUGUUGUGUCAGAUGGAACAAUUUCACAUACUGAUUCACUUUCUAGAAGUAGAAAUGGUUUGAUGGGUUGGGAAUUGAACACCCCUUGUACUUUUAUGGAAAGUCAAGGUUUUGGGGAGUUGGGUUUUCCAGAAAUGGUGGGCAAACAUUUGCAGAAUGAUUCAAUUAGAGAUGCAGUGAGCACAAGUAUGUCUACCCCGAAUUUGUUUUUCGGUGAAGACGAAUCCUCUUCGAGGAUUUCGAGCUCCAUUGUGGACUCCAGCAGUAGGGAUUCUUCACUCAUUGACUUAAAACUAGGGAGAUUGGCUGAUCACAGAGAUGUUCAUAGCUCUAAAUUGUCUAAAGGAACUCCCAUGUUGUCUUCAUCUGGAUCAUCAACGCCCCCUAAGCGAAUGCGCGUUUUGGGUGUGUAUCCUCGGCCUGCCUACUGCCAGGUUUAUGGUUGCAACAAGGAUCUUAGCUCCUAUAAGGACUACCACAAGAGGCAUAAGGUUUGCGAGGUUCACUCGAAGACUGCGAAAGUUAUUGUCAACGGCAUAGAACAGAGGUUUUGUCAACAAUGUAGCAGGUUUCAUUUGUUGGGUGAAUUUGAUGAUGGUAAGCGUAGCUGUCGUAGGCGCCUUGCAGGACACAACGAGCGGCGGAGAAAGCCUCAGAUAGGGAGUCAUCCUGGAAGAGCUGGGAGGUUCCCUCAGUCAUUUGAUGGUGGCAGAUUUGAAGGGAAUAUGUUAGCAACUGCAUCUUUUAUCUGCCAAGAGAUACUCCCUACUGACAUUCCUGAGAAACAUGGAAUGGGUGACUGCUGCAGGCACGUAAAAUUUGAAGGCGGGACUCAUUAUAGGCCUUUGUCGGGGAUGCCUGUUACAAACGGGCAUCUGCAUUCAAAACCUGUCUUCCCUUCUUACGAUAUUGGCAAACAGUAUCCCUCAUUUCAUGAAAACGGAACUAAUCCUCUAACUGCAAGCAUAUUCGGUCAGAAUGGUGGUCAAUAUCCACAAGAUGUGAGAGGCCUAAGUUCUGGUUCACAUUCUAUUUUUCAUGAGACCGCAUUAGGAAGUCAAGAUUUCAAUGUUUUCAACACAGCUUCAGCAGUUCCAGGAUUAUCAGGAAUCUCAAACUCUGGCUGUGCUCGCUCUCUUCUGUCAUCUCAAUCACAGAACUCUUCAAGCUAUUUGUCAGGAAUUCCUAUCGUGCGCCCCUUGGUCAUACCAGCCAGCCAUAAAUUCCCUUCUUCAGGAAUGAAUUCUGGCUCUAGGAGUCACCUGAGUCCCAUACUGCUAUCUAAUGAUUGUGAUGAUACCAAUGAUUUUGGAAUCUCAGAUGGGAUUAUCCAAGGAUCAGGUUUUGCGAACACCAAAGAUCGUCUACCCUGUCAAGAUGGAGCCACUAUCGACUUGCUUCAACUGUCAUCGCAGCUCCAACAAGUAGAGGAUCAACGGCAAUCCAUGCAGGCGAAGCAGGAAAAUGAUGCUUUCUGCUGCCUCAGAAUCACUUAAAAGUGAUCUGCAAAUAAGGUAAGUUGAUGUGUACCACUGUAAAUUUGAAUUCUAUCACGGUGGUUCGAUCAAAAAGCCAAAUGUUGCCUUGUAUCAUCGAUUACAUGCCACAUUGAACAACGAAUGUGUCCGAAAAAUAUAUCUGGACUCGACUUGAGAAAAAAAUCUCAGUCCCUAGUUCACGAACCUAUCACUUUGUAAUUUACAUUAAUCUCAGCUGUAUUCUCAGUCCAGUUUCUCUUUGAAUACAUUAUAUUUACUAUUUUG